AGGCAAUAUUUUUAAAUCCUCCAACACGAUGCGCGACGUUACACUCGCUGUGGUUUGAUAUUUCUUCAAUGAGUGAGGUGAAAAUAAACUCUCCAAAGAACUCGGCGACCCAGAGGGAAAACGUUUACAGGACACAUCAUCAUUUUUUGAAGAUAUUCCGGAACUUGACAUGGCAAAAGGGAAGAAAAAUGCGCUGAGAACGGAACAAACACCAGGUGAGACUGCUGAAAAUCCAGGCAAUUUGCGAGCGGAGGCGAAGGAAAACAAGCCCCAAACAAAGGAAUGUGUGGGUAAAGGACAGUCAGUUCUCCAGAGUCUGCGCAGUCCAGGAAAACCCAGAUCUCCACUGAGCGACAGCAUGCUGAUCCAGGAGGGGAAUGAUUCAGAUGCAGCCAAUCCUGGUCCAUCAAAGCUAAAGCAAGACAAAACCAAUAAAACUAAAUCUGAGAGCUGUAGCUCCAAAGAGCAGAACCCCAAAGGGCCGUGCCAAAGCGAGACAAAAAAGAAAGGAACUGAUGAAUCCAAGCAAGAAGAGUCCAGCGCAAAAUCAGAUGACCGUCCUGCAGCGCCAGCAGCCAAGCCUCGGAGUAAAACCGGCCGCAAGCUUGGAGCAAAGAAGGUGCAGAACAAAACUCUUCAGAACAGCAUCACAGAUUAUUUUCCCAUCAGGAGAAGUAACAGAAAAACUAAAACCGAGUUAAAGAGUGAAGAACACAGACACAUUGAUGACCUGCUAAAGAAUGACACUGAAGAAGGACUGGAGGUCAAACACAUAGAAGGAAAAGGAAGAGGAGUAUUUGCUGUCAAGAGCUUCAAAAAGGGAGAUUUUGUUGUCGAGUACCACGGCGACCUGCUGGACCUGGCCGAGGCCAAAAAGAGAGAGGCCCAGUAUGCAGAGGACCCUAAAACGGGCUGUUACAUGUACUACUUCCAGUACCAGUCUAAAGCAUACUGCAUAGAUGCUACGAAGGAAACGGGCCGUCUUGGGCGACUGGUGAACCACAGUAAAAACGGAAACUGCCAGACGAGGCUCCACCCCAUCGAUGGGACGCCUCGUCUGAUCUUGGUGGCAUCCAGAGACAUCAAGGCGGACGAGGAGCUACUCUACGACUACGGCGAUCGCAGCAAAGCAUCCAUCUCCGCACACCCUUGGCUCAAACUGUGAAAGUUUGCUCACACUGGAUGGCAGCUGUUUUCAGGCGACGUUGGCGAGGCCUUUUAGGUACAGCUAACAAAGUCUUUAAAAAAUACUUUUCUGUGAUGUCUUGACACGCCAAAAGUCAAGCUCCAAGCUGUAAUACAUGUGCGGGUUUUUUGCAAAUUGUGCUUUUAUGGUAGUUUUUUUUUAUUUUGUAUAUAUUUUUCUAAAUGAAUUGUGGGGUUGUGAAUGCUUUUCUGGAUAUUGUAACUUACCUGAGCUGGACACUGAGGAAUAAAACAGUUGAGUUUUCAUGCCA